AUGUCCAAAAAAAUAAAAUAUCUAGAAAGAACUUAAAGAGAUUUAGUACAUUCCAAAUUUAUUGUUGAUCAACGAUACACAUAAACUCUUUAACCUUAAAUAUCUGAUUGGUUUAAAAAGAUGAAGCCACUUCUAGACUUCUCAAGAAUAUUUUAAGAUUAUAAUAAACGCUACUUUACUCUAAAUCUACUUUAAAUAACGCUCUAUUAUUCCAAUAAAUAACAAUACUCUCUUAAUGAUAUCACCUAUAUUCCAUUUGAAGUACUUUUACUAUUCAUUUUAGGAAAUAUAAUCAGUUUCUGAUAAACCACAUUAUGCUCUUUCAAAUUUAGGAGUGGAAUGGAAAGAUGCCUUUGGUAUUACAAUUUAUUUGACAGAUAAAUACAUUGUUUUAGUGGCUUAAUCAAAUGAAAUAUAUAUGCUAUGGCUUAACUAUUUCGAAGCCAUCAGGUUUAGAUCAAAUGGAAAAAGUAUUUUAUAAAGACAACGUACACCUUACUAUUCCAAUUUAUUUGCUAUAAAUCUACCAGAUUUAAUAAAUUCACAAAUUCCUUCUUUACAAUUUAAAAUUAAAAAAGAUCUAUUCCAUCCAGAAACCUAAGAACAUGAUUAACCCAUUUAUAAAUCAAAGAAUGAUAAUCAACAUUUACAAACUCCUGAUAAUGAAGAUAUCAUUAAUUAUUUAGAAAUAGAACAAAAAUUUUCUAAUUCUUAACUUGCAGAAUAAAAUUUUUCAGAAAAUUGUAUUUAUUCCUAAAAUAUCAUUGAACCAUAAAAUAAAAUAAUUAUAACAAAAAAGAACUCCUUUACUAAUCAUGAAUAAUAAUAGAAUACUAAAUAAAUCAUUUAAAAAGAAAUAGAAUAAAAAGCAGUAAAUUUAGAUUUUUUAGAAUAAGAAACUAGUCAAAUUCUUGUGAAGAAUGAUGAAAAUGAAGAAAUAAUUUAACUUACAAAAAAUGAUUAUUUUUUUUCUAAAAAGGAAGAAGAAAAAAUUAGUUACUUACCUUUACCCAAAAGAUUAGAUAAAAUAAAAAAGUAAUCUUAUUUAAACGAAAACUAAUAACAAAUUAAAAAUUUAUAAAAAAAAAAUAUUACUAAUAUUUGGGAUCUUAAUGAUAAUGAAGGAAAUUAAAUUACAAAUAAAAAUAACUUAAAGAUUGAUUAAGUGUCUAAUUAGAACUAAAGCUUAUUUCUCAAUAUUAAAGAUUUUAAUAAUUAAAUAUAAGAUUACUAAACUGAUUAACCUGAACUAUUAGUUAAAUUUAAUGAAUUAGAUUCAGCCAGUUGGGUAGAUUAAGAAUGA